GGUGCGGGGUGUAUAUAAAGAGAAGACAUGACCGGAACUGUAGAGAAUCUGGUACGCGUCUUAUCACUUCAUUGCACCUAAGCUAUCAAAUAUGGCACGCCUUACACAGCUCACUGCCAUCCUGGUAGCUGCAGCCCUCAGCAGCGCACGCGAACCCUUCCUCAAAGAACGCCAGGUGCCCGCAGACCCAACCGGUGUCACGACCAUCACCUCAGCCCAAGGCGCAGAGAUCCGCUUCAAGCAACCCGGAAAACAAGGUAUAUGCGAAACGAAGGAGGGAGUCGACGACUAUGCCGGCUACAUCAGCCUCAACGAGAAGACAAACAUGUUCUUCUGGUUCUUUGAAGCUCGUGAAAAGCCAUCAGAGAAGCCUUUGACACUGUGGCUAAACGGAGGACCGGGAAGUGAUUCUUUGAUCGGGUUGUUUCAGGAGCAUGGGCCUUGCAACGUUACAGAGGACCUGAAGACGCAGUGGAAUCCCUACUCCUGGAACGAACACAGCAACAUGCUGUAUCUGAGCCAACCGGUCGGUGUAGGAUUUUCGUACGAGACUACCAGGAAUGAUACCAAGGGAAGAUAUUCGCUCGUAGACGCUGACACUGCGAACACGACGGAUGCUGCGGCAAUUGGCGCUUGGCAUAUCCUACAGGCGUUCUUGGAGUUGAGUCCGCAGCUGGAUCCUGAUAUCACAAACUUUACUUUCAAUCUUUGGACUGAAAGUUAUGGCGGCCAUUAUGGUCCGGGCUUCUACAACUACUUCUACCAGCAAAACGAAGCGAUCCGCAAUGGCACUGUUCCUGGCGUAGAGCUUCAAAUGGAUACCCUUGGCAUCAUCAACGGCAUUAUCGACGAGCAAAUUCAGGCGCCUUACUAUCCCGAGUUUGCCGUGAAUAACACCUACGGCAUCAAGGCUAUCAAUGACACAGUCUACACAUUUAUGAAGCAAGCAUAUUACUUUCCGGAAGGCUGCCAUGACCAGAUCGAAUAUUGCAAGCAGGCCAAUCGCUCUACCGAAGCCGGUCAAUUGACUUGUUCAUCUGCCACCAACCUCUGUCGCUCACUCGUCGAAGAACCAUACUAUUCGUUUGGUGGCCGUGGCGUCUACGACAUACGCCAUCCCUACGAUGACCCCACGCCCCCUGACUACUUCGAAGACUUUCUCAACCUCGCGUCGACACAAGAAGCUAUUGGCGUGAACAUCAACUACACAACCACUAACGCGCGCAACGUCUCUGCCGGAUUUGCCUCAACUGGAGACUUUGUCUUCCCCAACUUCAUCGAAGAUCUCGAGGAGAUUUUAGGCUACGGCGUUCGCGUCGCUCUUCUCUACGGCGACGCAGACUACAUUUGCAACUGGUUCGGCGGCCAAGCUGUCUCACUUGCCGUAAACUACACCCACAGCGAAGCCUUCCGCGCAGCAGGCUACACGCCCUUCCUCGUCGACGGCGUGGAAUACGGCGAGGUGCGUGAGCAUGGAAAUUUCAGCUUCACGCGAAUCUACGAGGCGGGCCAUGAGGUGCCGUAUUAUCAACCUGAGGCCAGCUUGGAGCACUUCAAGAGAGUGCUCGAUCAUGUCGUUAUUGCGGAUGGAAGUCAGGUUGUAACGAGUGAUUAUGGCACGAAUGGUACGGCCAAGGCUACCCAUACGGAGACUUUUGUGCCGUUGCCACCUUCGAGUACGCCUAGUGCGGUGAGGAGGGUGAAGAGAGGGAGUCAAUAG